GCUAUGGCAUCAGCUUCCAGCAGUAGUGCGAAAAAUCUGUUUAGCGAUUCAAAACGGCGGCUUGCCGAGCGGGUUGUGGUCAACGUAAACAACGCUUCAUCCGUGGCUCGCCAGAUUGUGCGUGGUUCAAAAUCGAAUGAGAUUCUCAUGCAAGCGGCCAAAAACUUUGCCUACCACGAGAGCACCGUGGACAAUAGCAUCCAAAACCUAAAGAAGAUGGAAAUCAUUUUCCAACACCUAAACUAUCAACACGAAGCCAUUUCGCAAGCAGCUGAUAAGCUGGAGUACGUCGAGGAACAAGUGAAAGCAAUGGAAAGGUGAUAAAACUC